AAGAAAGAACAAUACAAACCCACUUUUGAUAGGCUUCUUUCAAGAUGUCAGCAAAAUCACUUCUCCCAGCCAUUCUCUUCUUCUCCUUCUCGUUUCUAUUUUCCAUUCCUUGCUCUUCUUUACCUUUAUCAACAAAUGGGAAAUGGAUAGUUGAUUCAAAAACAGGGCAACGUGUUAAGCUAGCUUGUGUCAAUUGGCCUGCGCAUCUGGAGCCAAUGGUAGCUGAAGGUUUUCGUGAACAGUCAUUAAAGCGCAUUGUUGAACAAAUAGUAAAGCAGAAAUACAAUUGUGUUCGUUUAACAUGGGCAACCUUUAUGUUCACUAGAUAUGCUAAUAUCACUGUGAAGCAAUCUUUUCAAACUCUCAAGUUAACUGAAACUACAGGAGGAAUAAAGAAGCAUAAUCUUUUUCUAUAUAGCAUGACCCUCGUCCAGGCUUUUGAAGCUGUUAUUGAUGAGCUUGGCAAUCAAGGUGUAAUGGCGGUUCUUGAUUGUCAAGUUAGCAAGCCAAGUUGGUGCUGUGGAGAAAGGGAUGGUAAUGCUUUUUUUGGCGACACUUCUUUUGAUGUUCAAGAAUGGAUACAAGGUUUAACCAAAGUAGCUGAGCUUGUCAAGUCCAAACCACAUGUGGUAGGAAUAAGCACAAGAAAUGAACUACGAGGGCCAUUGUCAAAUGUGGACGAUUGGUACAAGUACAUUAAUGAAGGAGCAUCAGCAAUUCACAAAGCAAACCCAGAUGUACUAAUAUUUGUUUCAGGGUUAGGUUAUGCAACUGAUCUCACUUUCUUGAAAAGACAGUCUUUAGGAACCAAUUAUGAUAACAAAUUAGUGUAUGAGGCACAUUGGUAUGCAUUUAGUUGGGGUCAAAAGAGUGAUUGGGAUGUGAAGGACAUAAACCAAGUUUGUAAAGAUAAAUUGGAUUCUUUCAUUUCAAAAACUGGUUUUAUUACCACACUUGAAAACCCAUUUCCACUUUUUCUUGGAGAAUUUGGGUUUAGUCAAAGAGGUCUUGACCUAUCUGAAGACCACUUCUUGAGUUGUUUCUUGGCCUAUGCUUCUGAUAUUGACUUGGAUUGGGCUAUUUGGGGCUUGCAAGGAAGCUAUUAUAUCCGUAAUAAUAAAGAAUAUGCAGAUGAACAUUUUGGUGUCUUGGAUAGUUACUGGAACCGUGUCAGGAGUCCAUUUAUGGAGAACAGGUUAAAUUUUGUUAAGCAGAAGCUUCAAGAUCCAACCUCAGACUUCUACCAAUCUUAUGUAAUUUUUCAUCCACAAAGUGGUGCUUGUAUCAGUACAAAUGAGAGAGGGGAAAUAUACGCCGAUAGUUGCGAUAACCCGAACCAAUGGGAACACGCCGAAGAUGGCCAUCCGAUCAGGCUUCAUAGCACAAACUUAUGUAUUGAAGCUAUAGGGGAUGGACUUUCACCAGUUCUUUCUGAAAAUUGCUCGGGCCAGAAAAGUUCUUGGAAAUUGCUUUCAGCUACAAAGCUUCAUGUAGCUGUUAUAGAUGAGUCGGGACAAUCUCUUUGCUUGCAUAAGGAUUCACCUUACACUUCUACAAUUCUGACUAUCAAAUGUAGUUUAACUUUUGAAGAUGAUCCUUGCAUGAAAGAUCCACAGAAAGACUCAACAACUCAGUGGUUUAAGCUUGUUCAAACAAAUGUAAGACCUUAAUUAGGUUGCUGCCCUUAAAUUUAAGUAGCUAAGGUUUAUCAGAAUUCAGAAUUAGUACCUAGAAUGGUUUUUCAUUCCUAACUAAGGAGAAAUUAAUGACAUAUCAUUUUAUUUUAUGUUUAUUGAUUAAUUUGCUCCAUUUUCAA